GAACCAUUACCACAUCCCAAAACACCACACCAAACAAAUCACAAGACAUUUCCUCUCUGUAUUAAUAUUCACAGAGUGAGGAGAUUCAGCCCUUAGUCGAUUCGAUUUAUAUAGUAAAGAAAGAGGCACGCCACAGAGGCUUAGUAUGAAUGUGGAUUGGGGGCCGGUGGUGGUUGCGGUGGUGAUGUUCAUCCUCCUCUCGCCGGGGCUGCUCUUCCAGCUACCGGCGAGGACGAGGGUGAUCGAGUUCGGCAACAUGUACACUAGUGGAAUCUCCAUCUUGAUUCAUGCCAUCUUGUAUUUUUGUAUCUACACUAUCGUGGUUGUUGCCAUUGGAGUUCAUAUACAUGCUGGCUGAGAAUUUCCGAAAGCUUAAAUAGCUUUCUAAAUUCUAUGUAGUUUCAUGUUUUUCUUCUUCUCUUUUUUUUCUUUUUUCUUUAUUGGGCUGGGGGUUCAUAAAAUUUAUACGAUGGAAUGUGUUAACACUCAUCAUGCCAUGAGAUUCUUGAUGUUGUUGAUCAAAGAAUGAGAGUCAACCAAGGAUUAUAUUUUCCUUUAA